AUGACUUGGUCCUUAACAAUUUCUCGCGAUUUAACCGCGAAGGACAAAAUUCCUAGAAGAUGCUACAGAUCCUCCAGUACAAACGCUGCCAAAAAGAAUCCAUACCAAAAGGACUUUGACUACACUGAUGAACGUCAAAUAUCAGGCUUCGAUCCGGUGAAAGCAGUUAAGGAAAUGGAUGAGCCGAAAAUCUGGCCCUUCAACAAGAACACGAUAUUGGAAAAGGUCGUUCAAGUGCAAGCCUCAAAAGAAAAGUUAUAUCCUGUUCGAGAGAUAAAGGAGGUGCAGGGUGACGAGAUGAAAAGUGAGUUGAUGCAGCAUUCGGAACCCAAGCCUGAGGCUCUGAAUCUAAAACGCCAGUACCAAUGCGAGACGCCUCUCAACGAGAUAGUCUCCGUCCCAUCGCCAAAUGCUACGAAGGUCAAGGCAAUCGACACUAGACCCUCAAUGCUGACCGAAUCCUCAGAACAGGCUUUCACGGAAGCCCAGUUCCAGCACACUUUGAGCAACACCGAUCUGCUUUGA